AUAGGCUGAGACUUAACUCUGUUAAGAUGAAUAAAGACAAAUAGAUUAAACUUUUUUGCAUUUUUAAUACUUUUCUGACAAACUUUUCCUCCUGCAUUUUAACCCCUCACGGUCACCAUGGUAAACCACAACCCACCCAGGAUAAUAUUGAUGCUUGUCGGAUUAUUUACCUUAUUUCCUGCAAUUACUUUAAACUUUCUUUCAGGCUUUCAAGAUUAUUCAGGUGUCUUCAGGCAGCAUACAGAAGAUGUCUCACUCAAGUACGUGACAUCUGUAACUCCUGCUCAGUGGACGUUUUUCGUGUGGGUUUUCAUUUACUUUUGGUUUUUUGCCAUGUUUGUGUACUUUUUGGCUGGACUUUGUAGAAGGAGUACAUAUGAGUGGAUGUACACCACACCUGCAGUGUUGCCUUAUGGGUUUCAUGUCAGCAUCAUCAUAUACCUUAGUUUGAAUAUCACCUGGCUCUUUCUGUAUGACAGAGAAAUGCUGCUCCCAGUGCUCAUAACCUCAGCUCUAAUGACACUAACUGAUUACAUGAUGCUAUUUUUCUCCUGCCGUGGGCUAAAGAUUUAUGGUGCCUGGCUGAGCAAACAUCGCAACGCAGACCUCUGGAUGUUCAGGAUAUUGGUGCAAAAUGGAGUGGCAGUGCAUGCCACUUGGGGGACACUCUCCACUUUGCUGAACCUGACAAUCUACUUGCAGCAUCAGACGGAAGCAUCUCGAUAUCACUGCACAAUGUUGUCACUGCUGCUCCUCCUGAUGGAGCUGUUAGUGUGGUUUCUGUUGGAGAACUUCUAUCUUGAUGAGCACCUACGCUAUACUGUGACCAUCUACCCUGUAGUUACUGUGUGGCUGACAGGCAUCCUGGACAACAAUGUGUCUCCUGGUACUAAUUUGCACAUCUUUGAAGCUUUGAUCCUGGUGAUUGCCUGUGUCCUGCUUGUGGUUCGCAUCAUCCUGGUGGUGUGGAGGCAUCACAAACAACCGCUUUACAUGGACAAUGAACUCAGUUUGACUCCAGUGGAAAUAUCGUUGUCACAACCCACUAUUUUCCUAUGAAUAUUUUCCUGUGAUGAUGGUAAAAUAUUACAUGUACAUAGAAAGAAGAAUUUUUACAUCAUUAAUGCUUAGGAUGUCAUUCCACUUUCUUAAGAAAACUUGAAACAACAUGCAUACCUCAGACUGCUGGAGAUAGACACCAGUCUCCCUGCAAAAGUGAAAGAAUAAGCAGAUUUGGACAAUGGAAGGAUGUAUACCUCUUGGAAAAGUGUUGUACAAUGUUGUUUUUUUAUAAUUAACAACAAUAUAACUUUUGAAUACACUGGA